AUGCAGCCGCCGGCGCCUGGGCCCCUGGCCCUGCUGGACACAACAGAAGGGUUUGCGAGGAGAAAGAAGGACGCCCUUUGGUUUGUGGGGUCUCUGCUUGUGGUCUCUGCUGCCAUUCUGACCGUCGGCCUUGCCGCCACCACCCGGACGGAGAACGUGACCGUGGGGGGCUACUGCCCAGGGAUCAUCCUCGGCUUUGGAGCUUUCUUAGGAAUUAUUGGCCUCAACCUGGUGGAGAAUAGAAGGCAAAUGCUGGUCGCGGCCAUCGUGUUCGUCAGCUUCGGCGUGGUGGCGGCCUUCUGCUGCGCCCUCGUGGACGGCGUGUUCGCGGCCCGGCACAUAGAGCCCAGGCCCCUCACCGCGGGAAGAUGCCAGUUCUUUGCCAGCGAGGUGGGGUACGUGCGCGACGCCCACCAGACGGAGGUCGCCUGUCACUCCUCGAGCGGCUCGUGCCCCCUGAAGGUGAAGAGCGGCUCCUGCUACUGCUGUGAGCUCUACAGGUGCCAGAGCACAGAGCACCCUCCCGUCUACUACGAGUUCGUGGGCGUGCGCUCCUGCCGGGACGCGCUGCACCUGCACCGGCUGCUCUGGGCCUCCGCGGUGCUGAACGUGCUGGGCGCGCUCCUGGGUGUCCUCACGGCAGCUGUCCUGGGGGCCUUCAAGGACAUGGUCCCCCUGUCCCAGCUGGCUUACGGCCCGUCUGCUCCACCUCAGACCCUCUACGACCCUGCCCAGCAGAUCCUGGCCUACGCGGGCUUCUGCCCGGCACCUGUGGCCCUCCCCACCUGCUCGUCCUACCCUCUGCCUCUCCAGGGCAGGCCUGGACUUUCCUCCCUGGGCCUCCUCGGCCGCUCUGACCAGCGUGUGCAGGAGCGGCGUCAUCGACGCACAGACCGUCGGAUCGUGAUGGCUGGGGGGGCGGCCCGCGUCUCCUGCGAGAGGUUGGAACUGCUCUGCGGCCGCUUCCCCGCCUCGACUCCCAGGGACCCCCCUGUGUCCGAGGACGCGCAGCCUCCCAAUGCCCCACCUCUCUGUGUGCCAGCCCGCUUCCUCCCCGGGGCUCCAGGUUUGCAGCCCGGAAGCAACGGCACAUUUGUCCGGAGGAAAUCCCUCCUAUGGGGCCUGGAGCUAAGGAACCAGCACAGCGUGGCUGAGGCCGUUGGUCCCGCCAAGCCGAGGGGCCGGAUCCCUUCCCUGAGCUCGCUGUCCCGUGGGGUCUGGACGGGGAAGAGGGGCCAGCUCUGGGGCCUCCAGGCUGUGCCCCAGACCCCCGCCGGCCUGCAGGGAGCAACCUGCUUCCUCCCAGGCUUGGGGCUGCCCCUCACAGGGCCCAGCCUGACGGAGAGCCGCUGA